GCUUUUUUAAGCCAAACCGACGUUGAGAUUGAACGCCAAACAAAGAAGACUCCACACCAUGGUUGCUUUUGGUAACGGUUUUCAACAAGGUUUAUGCGUUCUUAUUUUAAGCCAACUCAUUUGCUCAGCGUCAGCGAAAAGGAGCUUUACUUGUGGCUCCAAUACACUCGAUGAUGGCUGCAGUGUCGGUGAUGACUGCGACACAGUCAGCUGCAAAAUGAAGUUUGUCGACGAACCAAUAACAUACAAGUUGGAGGUCAAUAGUUGUGAUGACCCGGUCAGUGUAACAGCUUCAAUAGAUGUACCUGAUCUACAUAUCUCUUGGUCUCAUACUUACACCAGUGACGAUACCGUAGAAGUCCCAGGAUUCACCGCGUCGUUACCCGGUUCUUUAUUGUCUGCCGGUGUGUACCUUCAAGUCUCUCUCACUCCGGACGGCGAAAGACUACGUUUAACGAUAAAACUGUUGGCUGGAGGAAAGUUCUUCGGUAAAGGCGUUUAUCCUAUUAAAGCGACAGUGUUGGAGGGGGGUCUACCGAUUAAGACAGACAAAUGUGGUGUCUUCGGUUGGUGGCACGAGCUGAGUGACGUCACUAAGGCGUUAGUGAUCGGUGGCUGGGUAAUAAUCAUCAUCUUGAUGGUCUCAAGCUGUUGUUGUUGCUGUUGCUGUAAUUGCUGUAACUGUCGUUCAUCCGGUCAAAAUACCGUUGUGGUGCGACCUGCCCCUGCGGUGGCACCUGCUGUUAUGGCAACAACUUCAAUGACCACCAACGUUACUAUUCCAAUGCAACCAAUGGUGCACAGAUUUUGAGUUGAUUAUUCAACGUGUUUAAAUGUUUGUUUUAUCAAAGUAAUGGCCAGACGGCUGGCACAGCGAUUUGACUAGUGUCUACAUUAGAUGAAUAAGAGAUUCUGCCGCUUUUAGCACAAAAGAUAACAACUUUAAUAAGCGGAAGCACCUGAACUUCUCGUCGCAAUUUAGUUUUCUGCUGUCCGAGUCGAGGUAGUCUAGUACCCAGUCUUCACCUGCGCGUGAUUAUUAACCGCAACUGCUGAGUUAGAAAAACCCUAUGUUCUUUUGAAACCUGAAAAGUGAUUUAAGCCAGCAAAGUAAAAUACUUUUUUUGUUUUUAUGAAAA